GCGGUCGGAAGUACAACCGAAGAAGAAACUGAACGAGCUAAAUGGUUAGCCGUAUUAGCUAGUUCGAAUUAAUCAAGAAUAACCGCACGGUAUCGGAUAUGAAAUUGUAUUGUUUAUCUGGUCACCCGACGUUGCCUUGCAAUGUUCUCAAGUUUAAAUGCACCACCAUCAUGUUGGACUGUGGGCUGGACACCACCUCAGCUCUAUAUUUCCUCCCUUUGCCUCUGGUGCACAGUCCAAGACUGUCCAAACUACCAGGAUGGGUUUCCAAAGAUGGAACAGUGAACCUUGAGAAAGAGCUAAAGGAGUGUGCCGGUCGUGUAUUUGUGGACUCCGAGCCAGAGUUUUGUCUUCCUGAGAGAGACCUGCUCGAUAUGUCGACUAUCGACGUCAUCCUGAUAUCUAACUACCACUGCAUGAUGGCUCUUCCCUACAUCACUGAGCACACCGGCUUCUCAGGCACCGUCUACACCACCGAGCCCACAUUUCAGAUCGGCAGACUGCUGAUGGAGGAGUUGGUGAAUUUUUUGGAAAGAGUCCCAAAGGCUCAGACUGCCACCUGCUGGAAGAACAAAGAAAUACUAAGGAUGCUGCCCGGUCCUUUAAAAGACGCAGUUGAAGUGUGGUCAUGGAAGAAGUGCUACAGCAUGCAGGAAGUGAACUCCGCUCUCAGCAAAGUGCAGCUCGUGGGCUACUCGCAGAAAGUGGAGUUGUUUGGUGCGGUGCAGGUCACCCCUCUGAGCUCCGGCUAUUCCCUGGGCAGUUCAAACUGGAUAAUUCAGUCUCACUUUGAGAAAGUGUCCUAUGUCUCCGGUUCGUCCUUGCUCACCACACACCCUCAGCCUAUGGACCAAAGCUCUCUGAAGAACAGUGACGUUUUGAUCCUAACCGGUCUGACGCAGAUCCCCACGGCCAACCCGGAUGGCAUGCUAGGGGAAUUCUGCAGCAACCUGGCCUUGACAGUCCGUGCUGGAGGGAACGUUUUGGUGCCAUGUUACUCCUCUGGUGUGAUUUAUGACCUGCUGGAGUGCCUCUACCAGUUCAUGGAUUCUGCUAACCUGGGAAACACACCCUUUUACUUCAUCUCACCUGUGGCCAACAGCUCGCUGGAGUUCUCCCAGAUUUUUUCAGAGUGGCUGUGCCAGACUAAGCAGUCCAAGGCUUACCUCCCUGAACCUCCUUUCCCACACGCUGAGCUGAUCCAGACCAACAAGCUCAAGCAUUACCCCAGCAUCCACGGCGAGUUCAGCAGCGAAUUCAGACAGCCGUGUGUGGUGUUUACGGGGCAUCCAUCACUUCGGUUCGGGGAUGUCGUGCACUUCAUGGAGCUGUGGGGCAAAUCAAGCCUCAACACCAUUAUCUUCACUGAACCUGAUUUCUCCUACCUGGACGCUUUGGCUCCCUACCAGCCGCUGGCCAUGAAGUGUGUGUACUGCCCAAUUGACACACGCCUCAACUUCCACCAGGUUUCCAAACUUCUGAAGGAGGUUCAGCCACUUCAUGUGGUGUGUCCAGAGCAGUAUACUCAGCCUCCUCCCUCUCAGUCUCACCGGUCUGAUCUGAUGCUGGAGCUGCAGCCUUCUCCUCUACCCUACAGCCGGUGCUCCGUUCUCAAUCUGCCCUUUCACCGCACAUAUGAACGUGUCCAGCUUUUACCCGAGCUUGCCAAAACUCUCGUACCCACUGAGAUUAAACCUGGCAUCUCUGUGGCAAACGUUUCAGCAGUUCUGCAAUCCAAAGACAACAAGCAUGUCCUCCAGUUGGUGCCCAAGCCGGCUCCUGUGGCUCCCAGUAAGAAGCGGAAGAGACUGAUAGAGGAGGUUCCUGAGCUGUCAAGCCCGAAGCCUCUGCUAAAUGGAGCUGUGCCUUUGGAGGCUUUCCUUGCCUCACUGCACAAGAACGGAAUCUCGGAGGUGAAGGUGGAAGAGACGGCGGAUGGUCACAUCCUGCAUCUGCAGGCCGAGGACGCGCUCAUCCAGCUGGAAGAGGACGCAACGCACAUCGUGUGUGACAACAACGAGCCACUGCGUACCGCCCUCAGGGACCUGGUGCUCCGAUUCCUCCAGAAGCUCUGACCUGUGACCGUUUGAGUCUGGACUGUCUGACCUUAGUGUGGCUGUGCACAGCGUGGUGAUGAUCCAGUGAGUCAGUAGCAGUGAGCACCGGGAUAUUUGUGGUUUAUUUAAAAACAGAAGCUCAUUGUAAACAUUAGAGAUGUGUCUCAGGGCAGCUAGACCUCACUGGUGAACACUGGACUUCACUGAUUUCUUGAAAUAGGAGAUGUUCCUGGACCAGCAUUUCUUAUAGCACUAAUGACAUCAAUUUGUGUCUUAAUCCUCCUGCUCCUGAACCACUUAAAAAUAAAAACACACACAGAC